UCAGAGCUGUUGAAGGUAUUAAUCAGACAAUAUGUGUAAAGCUCUUUAAAAGUUACUGACACAUAACAAAUUCUUUAAUAUGUGAACUGAAUAUUUGUUUCCAGAAUACUAGCCAUAGGGACACCUAAGGGACAAUGUGAUUUAACACUAAAGGCUCUGAAGGACCUGCUAAAUGAGAAGAUAAAACUUGCAGCAGUGCAACACUGAAAUAAAGUACAUCAACGGCAAGGCAGGGGCAACAGAAUCAUCUGCUACAUCUUGACUCCCAAUUCUGAUGGGAAUUUCCAAUAUUGACACCCUAAAAAGAUUAUAUCAAAUCUAAUCCCUAAAAUGGAAGAAGCCAAAAGCCAAAGUUUGGAGGAAGACUUUGAAGGACAGGCUACCCAUACAGGACCCAAAGGAGUAAUAAAUGAUUGGAGAAAGUUUAAAUUAGAGAGUGAAGACAGUGAUUCAGUUCCACCAAGCAAGAAGGAGAUUCUCAGACAAAUGUCUUCUCCUCAGAGUAGAGAUAACAAAGACUCAAAAGAAAGAUUCAGCAGAAAGAUGAGCAUUCAAGAAUAUGAACUAAUCCACCGGGACAAAGAAGAUGAAAAUUGCCUUCGUAAAUACCGAAGACAGUGUAUGCAGGAUAUGCACCAGAAGCUGAGUUUUGGGCCUAGAUAUGGGUUUGUGUAUGAGCUGGAAACUGGGGAGCAAUUCCUGGAAACUAUUGAAAAGGAGCAGAAAAUCACCACAAUUGUUGUUCACAUUUAUGAAGAUGGCAUUAAGGGCUGUGAUGCUCUAAACAGUAGCUUUACAUGCCUUGCAGUUGAAUACCCUAUGGUCAAGUUUUGUAAAAUAAAAGCUUCUAAUACAGGUGCUAGGGACCGCUUUUCCUCAGAUGUACUCCCCACACUGCUUGUCUACAAAGGUGGGGAACUCAUAAGCAAUUUUAUUAGUGUUUCUGAACAGUUUGCAGAAGAAUUUUUUGCUGGGGAUGUGGAGUCUUUCCUAAAUGAAUAUGGGUUACUACCUGAAAGAGAGACACAUGCCCUAGAUCAGACCAACAUGGAGGAAGAUAUUGAAUAAAGAGUCACUAUGUCAACAUCUCAUAUUUCUCCUUUACAAGUUGAGCAUUGAUUUUCAUAGUAUCUAUAUUCCUUUAGAGAACACCAAGUAUGGCCAUGGCUAUUUUAAUUUGUGGGAAAAAAAAACAUGUACACUAAAAGUAUUUACUUAGCAUUUCUUAGUUACUUAAAUGCAUAGAAGUCUUUACUAUAAAACAUUGUAGUGUUCAGCCACAUGUUUGUAGACAAAGAGAAUAUGAAUAAUGUGACAGUUUUCAAAAUCCCUUUUGAAUUAUGUGUUGGCUUUUUUACUCCUUGUUUUUUCCUCAGUGUUAUUAUUUGGGUUUUCAAAUUUAUAAUUUUUCUAGUGUGAUAAGAAUAA